AUGCCUUCCAUAUUUGAAUAUGUCAGCAAGAAGAUGGUCAAAAAUAUUGGAGGCAAAGAUCUGAGACCUGUCAAAUGCCUUUUGGAUGCCACCAAGUUUCGCCAGUUGAAUGUAUUACGGAAGAACUCUCAAUCACGGUUUUGGGAACAGCCUGAUGAUAACCCAGUUGGCUUCUCACUCAUGGACAUCCUGGAGCCAAGUUCUUCAGCCCCAGAAGCUGUUGUGCUAGGGACCUACCUUUUCAGUGACACCAAGGCCCAGAAACAGGAGAUUGGUGGGGACAUCAGCGCUGGAGUGGAAGGGAGUGUGUCAGGAAACUUUGCUCAGUUCCAUGGACCCACCCUGGAGAUUCAGGCUGUUAGCAUCCCAGAUCCUAAACUGGAGACCCUUCAAAACAGGAAACUGCUGCAUCCAGAGCCAUCAUUUUUGACAGAAUGCCGGAUGCGAGGGGACAACCUGUAUGUGGUGACGGAAGCCAUUGAACUGACCAAGGAUACUGUGCUGCAAGAAGGCAGCAGGGUGGAGACUUUGGGAAAACUGUCCAGCCCCUGGAGUACCUAUGUCAAGGGCAAAGUCUGGGGACAGAGUCUCAAAGCAAGAGAGACAAAGCUCUCUGUCCCUCAGGGCACAGUGCUGGCCUACAGGAAGAAACAGUUGGUCAUCAGGAAACAAGUCAUUCUUCUAGUCUCUGCUGAUGCCAAGCAGAAAACCUUUCAAGAUGUCAGAUUCCUGAAGAUGGAAAAUCUCUCCCUGCUCAGCCCUGGAUGGGCUGGUGCCUGCUCUCUAGGAGUACCACCCAAGGACUUCACCAUGCGGUCCUCCAGUGUUAGUUUUUCCUUCCCAUCACCCCUGGGCUCUGCCCCUGGGCCAGAGGCUGAGCCCUGGCGAGGGGUGGGCACCUGCCGCACUGAGAACCCUGAGACAGGAAGGAUAGAGGAGCCCUUGCAUCAAGAUUUCCAGCUCCUACAGGAGGAGGUUUCCUGCAACACGGCAUUACUGGCCCAGCUCUCAAAAGAUGUUCAGGCUGUCAUCUUCCACAGUAUCCUGUCUCUACUUGGGGACAGAGAGGCUCUGUGUGGCCUGACAAACAUGCUGGAACUAGACAGAUUGGGGCAGAUGGAAGGCCCAGGUGGUAUCAUCCUAGAUGAGCUGUGUCAGGGCACAAGACCUCCGUGGAUUGACCUGAAGAGCCUCAUACUUUAUCUCCUCCAAGCCCUAAUGGUGCUGAGUGACACCCACCUUGAUCUGCUGGCCCUGUCCAUGGAGAAGGGAAUUCUGCUCCAUCAGCGAGAGCUGGUAAGGAGCAUCCUGCAGCCGAAUUUCAAGUAUCCCUGGUGCAUUCCCCUCACUCUCCAGCCUCAGCUUCUUGCCCCGCUCCAGGCAGAGGGAUUGGCCAUCAUGUAUGGCCUGCUGGAGGAGUGUGGGUUGAAGAUGGAGCUGAACAACUACAAGCCAAGCUGGGAUCUGGAAGCCAAGAUGCCCAUGUCUGCCCUCUAUGGGGCGCUGUCACUGUUGCAGCAGUUGGCGGAAGACUAG